AUGGCGUCUAACGUUAGCCCAGCAUUUGCCUACACGGUGGUGUAUGUGAAAGACGUGGCCAAAUCAGUAGCUUUCUAUGCCAAAGCCUUUGGCCACAAUGUUCGUCGCUUAGACGAAUCACACAGAUGGGGUGAACUUGAAAGUGGGCAGACCACAAUAGCGUUCACUCCGCUGCACCAACAUGAGACCGAUGAUCUAUCCGGUAGGGUUCAGACCCCUGGUUCCAGAGGCGAGAGACAGCCAAUUGAGGUUUGCUUUGCGUACCCAGAUGUUGAUGCUGCCUACAAGAGGGCUGUGGAAAAUGGUGCAGUGGCGGUGAGCGAGCCAGAGAAAAAAGAAUGGGGUCAGAAAGUUGGGUAUGUGCGUGAUAUUGACGGGAUCGUGGUAAGGAUUGGGAGCUACGUGAACCCACCCAAACAAGACUGA